AACAACAAAGAUGUUUGCUCUGGAAGCACAAUGACCCCUCAAACAAAAGGGUCAGUUUGCAUUGGUGCCUCCAACAAGCCCAAGCCAGAACUGUGUACUCACUGAAAAAAAGGUACAAAAACAGCAGCAAGCUUUUCGGCUAACCUGAUAGUGACUAGCUGGUUCCGGCAAACCCAACUUACACGUAAAGGAUCAGUGGCCAUUGAAAAGGCUCAUUAUGGAAGGCACCAGAGGACGCAUUUUGCAGCUAAUGGUGAUGGGCGUUUUGCUGGGCACAACCGUCCCGGGACACAGGGCCAUCCAGACCCCUGACUAUGAUGACACCUCCACGCCUGAGAUCCUGAACCCUUCCUGGAUGGCCACCAUCCCUGACGUCUACACCCUAUCAGACGUGACAAUGCCCGGGACACACAACACCAUGGCCCUGUACGGCGGCACACUGGCCGAAUGCAACUCCUGGUCCCUCGCCCUCCAACUCCGCGCCGGAAUCCGCUUUCUGGAUAUCCGUGUUCGCCACGCCAAAGGCAACCUGACCAUCCACCACGGCAUCUCGUAUCAGUACGCUCACUUUGGGGACGUGUUAAUGGACGUGGUGGCUUUCCUAAGGGAGUAUCCUUCAGAAACGGUGUUGAUGAGGCUGAAAGAGGAGUUGAGCGACACGCAGGAUAUUUACAAUGCAGUGGUACGCUAUAUUAAUGAGUAUGCACACUGGGACCUGCUGUGGCACAGUCGUGAGAUGCCCAGCAUGGGAGCGGCGCGAGGAAAGCUGAUCGUACUGCAAGACUUCACCGGCCCUGACCUGGGAAUACGCUACAACUCACUGGACAUAGCAGAUGACUGGAAGGUGUCCUCUGUGCAGCCGGAGGAAGUGGAGAAGAAAUGGAAAAGUGUCUCCACUCAUCUGGAGGCGGCUGCGGUUGGUAACAAAAACCGAAUGUUCCUCACCUACAGCAGCGGUGCCAGUAUCCUGGCACAUCCCAAUGCCCUGGCCCAGCUAAUAAACCCCCGCCUGCACGAAUAUUUGACAGGCUAUGUCGGUCAGAGGAAGCGGUUUGGUAUUGUAGCAAUGGACUUUCCUGGUGCCAAGUUAGUGCAAACUAUUAUAGGCUUCAAUUAUUGAGAGACAACGGCAGGACGUCAGGACCAAUACACCUGCAACUCACCAAAAUACUUCAUUAAUUGACACAAAUCCCAGGUAUAACUGUGACUCAAAUUACCCAUACCCUUGAAAUUUCCAUAACCGUGACAGAAAAAGUUUGAGCUUGCUGGCAAAUUUUGCAAUAUCUGACUUAAUAAAGCACUUUGACAAAUUUCUGUCAU